CUCUGGUGGCAUAAUCGACGAGCGGCAAUCUGGCUUGACCUAGCCAACGUGGUGCCUGCUGACCCGCCAUGCCGGUCGCAUGUUUGCGUACUGCCUCACUGCGCUCAUCUCUGGGGACCGGAGUUCAAAUACCCGCCGAGGCCUUUUCACAGUUCUGCCUCGCUCCGGUGGGUCCGCAGGGCCUCGCCCAGGGCGCCGAUGCACUACUACGUGCAGCUGGUGGUGCUGGCGUCCGUGGUGAUGGAGCCGCUCAUCAGCUCGCUGGUGCUCGUGGACGUGGUGCUCAAGGUGUCCGUCGGCGAGACGUGGAUGCGUUGGCUGUGGGGGCCGCCGCCGGGCGAUCUGUCGGUGCUGGGCGCCGCCUUCGACCAGGACCGCCAGGACACCGACGAGGACAGCGAGUACACGCUGAGCCACUCGGACUCGGAGUUGACCUCGUCGUCGGCGUCCUCGUGGGGGCUGGACAGCGCCGUGGCCGAGGGGAUCCUGCAGUCGCGGGGCCUCUACCCCGCCGAGCUGGCCCUGCUCUUCGACGGGCCGGCCGGACGUUUUAAUUGA